AUGUAUCUAAAAGUUGUGUCUGUUUCUAAAAGGAAUUUUCAGUUUAAACGAUCUAACUAUGGUGUCUGUAUCACUAUUAAUUUGGGUUACUCUGCUUAUUUACAUGCAUCCACAUAUGCACAUCCACUCUUUCUAAAGGCUCCGCACGAGCUCAGCGCUGGCAUCUCAGAGUUCUUUCCAAAGUCCUCGAACCGACUGGUCCUGUUCACACAUCUUGUCGGUCUGUUCGCUAUUUUCUUUGGUAUCGUUUCCUUCCUUUCCGGCUUCCUAUUGAUGCGUUCUGAACUCUCCAACACCACUGCGUCUACCACAGUUGCUGGGCUGACUUCCGAUUCCAGAGACUAUUUUCUGGCCUCUGUCGGUCCUCCGCACUUCGACCGAAUCAUAAUAUUAAUCGUGGACGCUUUGUCUCACGACCUGAUGUAUCGGUUGGCAGGUUCGCUGUCUUCACAAACACCUACAGCCAGCAGCCAGCCAGUCUACCGAAUGGCCCAUUUGCAGCGCCUUCAUCAGGAGAAAGUUGGUCGACUGGCGGCCGGCUAUUUGGCUCAUUUUGUCGCCGACCCUCCAACCACAACGUUGCAGCGUCUUAAGGGCAUUCUCACGGGAAGCAUGCCGACGUUCAUCGAUGCCGGAUCCAACUUUGGAGGCUCACUCUUGAGUGAGGACAACCUGGUUUGGCAGUGGCAAGCCGCAGGAAAGCUGAUCGCAUUCGUAGGAGACGACACUUGGAUGCAGCUAUUCCAGGGGAGGUUUUCUGAAGCUCUUCCUUAUCCCUCUUUUGAUGUGAAUGAUUUGGACACCGUUGAUAAGGGCGUACGCAAUUUCUUUCAUGCAAAACUAUCCAAUGACAUCGUCGAGCACGCCAACAACUGGAGUAUCCUUAUCGGCCAUAUGUUAGGCGUCGACCACUGUGGUCAUCGUUACGGUCCAGCCCACCCAGAAAUGGAUAGGAAACUUGCAGAAGUGGAUGAGCUGAUCGGGUAA